AUGUACAAGAAUGAAAGUUGGAGCGUUAUCACUUGUAAUUGUUUUAGGCAUUUUUCUUUUUCCAAACGGCGUAGAAACGUUAAGAAUGCCAUGGUCGUGAGGGAGACGAUAUCGCGGUGUUUAAAUCUCGUUGCCAUAGUGAUUCAUAUCAACUUUCAGGUGAAAUUGAACAUAGUCAAUGUACUCGAUGACGUCGACAUUCCCCCAGGAAGGUCUCGAAUUGUUCGUGUACAGUGCUCACUCCAGCCAAGUGUAUUUGGAUUCGACAAGUACUACACAUUGAAAAACCGAAUGUUGUACACCGGUGGAGCUACGUUGCUCUCCAAGGCACUCGCUUUCUCGGCAAGACUUCUGUAUCGAGAACAAAACCUGAGAGAUGUGAAGAUGAGAAAUCACAAACUGAUGCCGACACCCCGACGUGAUCGACUGCAGGUGAGCGGAACCCUGUGUAUGCAGUGGGGAACGAACGCGCUAUUGUCCUUUCCGGGGAGUAGCGCGUCCACCACCACACCACGCCGGUCCUUCGUUUCGCCUGUCUCUCAGCUAGUUCUAUCGAUCUUUUGCCAUCAACAAUCACCCGUCAGCGGGAUUGAUCUGGGGGGCCCAAAUCGGCAGAGAUAA